AUAGACUUUGUUACUACAUUCCUUAACGGCAAUCUUAAGGAAGAAGUCUAUAUUGUUCUCCCGCUAGGUCUUCCUUAUACUCGAGGACCUAAUAAGGGGAAGAAAGUUAUUAUACGACUCCGAAAAGGCCUAUAUAGGCUUAAACAAUCUCCUCGCAUCUAG